AUGAAUCCCCCAGCUCUGCUUUCCGAAUCGUACUCAUUGAGUGAUCCUGUAACUUCGGAGGGCGACUAUAUCAACCCUCAUUUGACAGGGUUUGCCGACGACGACGACAAUAGCCAGCGAGUCGGAGGUCUCAUCUCCAUACCUGACACCAACGGCGUGAGGUACCACGCACAGCAGCCUGCAGUGCAGGAUUUGCAAUAUACCGGCUCGAAUCCUCUUGCUAUGACCCCACCAGACUCCUGUCCUGCUUGUGAAGACUCCUUCCCCCCCACAUCUGGCCCUAUCUUCCCACAUAUCUCUCGAAUUCAGCUUCCCGUUGAUAGGAUGACAGACUAUCAACGAGUGCCAGCUCUUCAACCACCUAGUGGCAUGCCAAUGGGUAUGCAGAGCUCAGGGCACGGUAUGAACUCCAUUCCAGCUCUCAUGGGGCGCAAUAAUGCCUAUGGAUCGUAUGCUUUACAACGUGGAAUUGGCAAUAUGAACUUGUCGCUUGCGGGAAUGGGCGAUAUCUCGCGCAACCAUGGAUAUUCGGGUACCCCUCGUGCGUUAGACGGGAACCUAGAUCGAUCUCAAAAUGCUUUGUAUCAGCAGCCGAUUGUGGAAUCCUCGCAACGCUCACAGACGCAGGUUGAAGCUCCGCCGUUUGAAGACACGACUUAUCUUGAAACGAUUGUUGCAGAGUUCGGUGGACAGUAUCAAACGGUGACACCAGACGUCCAAGCAAAGAUGGGGCGAGGAUUUUUUCCAUGUGACAAAAAAUGGACUUGCUACCGGCGCAACUACUUCGCUGUGACCUGUGCCUUUGGUUUCCAUCCAUGGCCGCUAGGUGCCCCCCUCUACGUCCGCUAUCAUGAUCAAUCUCUCGAGCCGAUCCGUGGCUUUGCAAUGGGCAUUUCCGCAAUUGUCAAUGGGCAAUACAACGAGACCAGAGAACUGGUUCAGCAUACCCCAAAGCGCGACAAGCAGUCCGAACGCAAGCCAGUCCGUGUCGUCCUUCAGCCCUCACCCCCGCCUUCAUUCUCAUCAACCUCGACAGUAAAUGGAAACCUGGCAGGUUUCGGUCUCGGCUCCCAAUCCAUGGACUACAACUCUACAUUCCCAGGAGCACCUCAGCCAAGCCAGCCCCCGACAUCUCACAUGUUUGAGCGCAUUCAAUUCCAAAAGGCAACCGCGAACAAUGGCAAGCGUCGCGCUCAGCAGCAAACUUACAAUCUGGUCGUUGAGCUUUUCGCUGAGAUUGCUAGCUCGGUUCCGGGUGAAACCCAGUGGGUACCAAUCGCCCGCCGCCACUCACAACCCAUGGUGGUCCGCGGACGCUCCCCUGGCCACUACAAAGACGGACGCCGCAGCAGCACCAGCAGCAUGGGCCCAGAUGGUGCUGGCGGCGAUGGCAAUGGAAGCAUUCUCCCCCAUGGACUGGGCCAUACAAACCACAACCAUCAUAUGAUGUACGACGCAUCCCAUCGAGCCGGUCUUUCUUACGGCAGGGCCGAUCACCGGCAGAUGACUAUAAAUGAUCAUUCCCCGCUCAGCGACAGCCCUCUUAUUUCCUCUUCAUCCUCUUCUGGGUUCGAGUUGUCGAUGAUCGAUACUAUGGACCCUAUGGACACCAUCAAGUCUGAUCCCUACCUCAGAUCAAACCCCUAUCAGGAUACAACCUAUGCAGGGGUCCCUGGCCACCAGCACCGCCAGUCGAGUACCGGUGGAUACGAUCCUGUUUACUCAACGGCUUAUAGUCGUUACGAUCCUAUCCAGAACCAUGGUCUAUGCACCUAG